ACCACCAGCUUGCCAGCAGCCACUCACCAACUUCUCUCUCUCUCUCUCUCUCUCUCUCUCUCUCACGCUCUCUUAGCUAGCUCGUGUCGCGCGUGAUGGGACCUCAGCUUCUGCUCCUUCUUCUGCUCGUCGUAUCUGGAGGCAUUGCCGCUGCCGGCGCCGACGACGCCGGGCUGCCCCGACUCGAGUUCCGAGGCGUCGUCUACUCUGGCCUUGGGAACGCGUCCGUCGCGCCGGAGGAGCUGGCGUUCAUGGACGUCAUCUCCGCGGACGGCGCCUGCGGGCGCUUCGCCCGCCUCGUCGCCGAGACGGGGAACGCGGGCGCGGUCUUCCGGGAGCGCGUCACGGACGGCGGCGGCCUCACGGUGUUCUGCCCCGAGGACAAGGCCCUCGCUGAGUUCGAGCCGACGUUCCGAAGCCUCGGCGCCGACGACCGGCUCGCCGUGCUGCUGUACCACGCCACGGCGGCAUGCUACGGCAGGAAGCAUUUCCAGGCGUUCGACUGGGUGGCGGUGAGCACGCUGGCCGUUGACGCGGCCACCAACAAGGGCAUCGCCAUCACCCUCCGCGAUGACGGGGACACGGUGGAGAUGUGGCCGUCGCCGCCGUCAUGGGAGGGCGCUGCCAGGGUGACCAAGACGGCGUCCGAGGAGCCCCCACUUGCCGUGUACGUCGUCGACGCCGUGCUGGUGCCGAGCCAUGUGCGACGGCUGCUGGAUGGGGGCGACGAGGUGGCUGGUGACGCUGGUCUGGGCUGGUUGGACUACCGCAUGCCGCUCUGGGUAACCCUGCUACUCGUGGCCGUGGCGAACCUGGGGAACAUGGCGGACACCUUGAUCAGAUUUCUUGUCACCUUCAACUGAGGCCGCAGGAUGCACUGAACAACAUCAAGAAGAAGAAGGCCGCUCUGUUAGAGUUUUAAUCUGUCUAGUUAGGUUUAACGCAGAGUCAUUGUUGGGUGGGUGUUUGCUCAUGAGUCAGUGCACGUGUUGUUACUCGGUAGUACUGUACACGCUAUGUGUUUAUUAGGUUUAGCUCGUCAUGUUGCUGCAAAUUAAAUGCCUCGUGUAUGUCGCCACUUGCCAGUCGUCAGUGGGAUGGGAAUGUAUGCUCCAGAG